AUGUCCUACAAACCCAUCGCCCCUGCCCCCAGCAGCAGCCCUGGGCCCAGCGCCCCGAUCCCCGAGCCGGAAGUGUCCCACAGCCGGCUCGACGCCAGAGCCGCUGCCCCUUUCAGCCCACUGUUUAACGACUGUGGACCGCCCUCCAUGGGCUACAUGCAGGCAGUGAAACCACGUGGCGCCCGGGCCCCAGUCAGAGAGUGCCUGGCAGAGACAGAGCGGAAUGCCCGCACGUAA